AUGGAGCAGCGCGCACUAGAAGAAUCGCUCAAUCAACUUUUGGAGUCGCUAACGGCAAACACAAAGGCAUUGAAAGAAUUAGAUAGCCAGCUUCUUGAUCGUCUUUCCCAUUCCUCUGGCAAUCUGUUGGAUGAUCUGGAACUGAUUGAGGUGCUUGCGAAUACCAAGGCAAAAGCAAAAGAAGUCGAGAAAAAGCUCAAGGAUGCACAGGAAAAGAAAGCAGAGAUGUACAACAAAGCCCUCAGGAGGCACUGUUCUGUUCAGAUUAACGAGAAACGCGAACAGUAUCGCUCCGUGGCAACAAGAGGAUCCGUACUAUACUUUUGCAUGGUGGAGGCCUCUUUGAUAUGCUGGAUGUACAACAGCUCCCUCACGCAGUUUCUGGAGCAAUUCGAUAUCUCUGUCUAUAGGUCUGAAAAGACGCAGCCAACCCAUAAGCGCGUGGAGAAGAUAGUUGAGUACCUUACUUACCAGUCGUUUCGCAUUGCCUGGCUUUCGUUACUUUCGACACAGGUCUACAGAUACGUCUGUAGAGGACUUUUUGAGCGGCACAAGCAGACUUUUGUCAUGAUGCUAAUUUUAAAAAUAUUGCAAACCGAUGGUAUUCUCCAGUCUUCAGAUAUUUCCUUUCUUCUAAGCGGCGGCGCAGGCCUUGAUGAGAAAGCAGAGCCGCCAUGUCCCUUCAGAUGGCUAGGGCAAGACUCAAAGGCGUGGCUCAACGUCUUGCAAAUCUCCAGGACAUGCUUCGGCCGAGACCAAAUUCAGCUCUUUUGCGAACUUCCAGAGUCCCUCGGGAAAAAUGAAUCAGCAUGGAAAAAGUGGAUGGAAGACAACGAACCCGAAAAUCUUCCCAUUCCAGAUUAUGAAGACCGACUGAAAUGUUUAAAAAACCUCGGGCAUGUUCUGAGGCUGUGCCUAAUUCGCUCCAUGAGACCCGAUCGAACCGUGGUGGCAUCGGCGCGUGCUAUUGAUCAGCUGCUGGAGCCAAAAUAUACAGAGCCUGUUACAGAUUCCGUGGAAUCAAUAUGGCAAGAAUCAUCGUGUCGCGUCCCCGUUAUAUUUCUGCUGUCCCCCGGCACCGACCCCACAUCGAGCAUUGACGAGCUUGCAAAAAAGAAGCGAAAGUUUCCGACGGACAAAGUUUCGAUGGGUGAAGGACAAGACGUCGUUGCACGAGAAAAAAUCAAGUCCGGUUUCCUUUCCGGCAGUUGGGUUGUUCUGCAAAAUUGCCACCUAGGGUUAAAUUUCAUGAGCGAAAUCGAGGACCUUCUUCUUAGGGUCACUGAUAUUAACAAGGCAAGUUCCCCAGCAGGUACCCACGGGAAAGCAGGCAUAGUUGCUGCAGGCAAUCCCCUCCCGCACCAUUCCUUUUAUAAUCACUAUGCUCGCGAUUUCACUCCAAUUUUCUUCCAGGACUUCCGCCUAUGGAUAACGUGCGAGCCUCACAAUAAGUUUCCUAUAGGGCUUCUACAGCUGGCGAUCAAAGUCACUAACGAGUCACCCAUCGGACUCAAGGCUGGGCUUGCAAGAAGCUUCACGACAAUGAUAACACAGGAAACGCUGGACAAAGUCAAUAAUGAGAAAUGGCGCACUAUUGUAUUUGCCCUUGCAAUGCUGCAUAGCGUUGUUCAAGAAAGGAGGAAAUUCGGCCCACUGGGUUGGUGCAUCCCGUACGAAUUCAACUACUCCGACUUGGAGGCAUCGCUGUUCGUUGUGGAAAAGCAUCUCGCAGCCACAAUUUUAGUAGGGCAGCCGCUUUCCUGGUCCACUAUAGGGUACAUGGUUGGGGAGGUGCAGUACGGAGGACGCAUCACAGACGACCUGGACAGAGAGAUGUUCAACACUUACACAGGGAAAUGGCUGACAGACGACUUAUUCAAGUCCGGUUUUUGCUUCAAUAGUGCGACUUCCAGUGCUCAUGAUUUCAUGUACAAAGUUCCUCAAGGCACGGAUAUCUCAGUCUUCCGUGACUACAUCAACACGUUGCCUUAUGUAGAUCAGCCGGGAGUUUUUGGCCUGCACGUAAAUGCUGACCUGACAUUUCGCUUACAGGAGUCGGCCUCCAUGCUCGAUACUAUACAAGAUACACUUCCAAAAGCUUCUUCGGGAGGCAAAGGAAAGUCACAGGAAGAGACUGUGCGCGAGAAAUGCGUUGAAAUGCUAGGCAAGAUGCCGGAAGACUUUCAAGAAAGGGUUUACAGAGAGCAGGUGUCCAAGCUUUCUGGACCUCCUGCGCUGAACGCAAAGGGAUUUGCUGCGCCUUUAAACAUUUUCCUUUAUCAAGAAGUGCAGCGAAUGCAACGGAUUUUGACUAUCGUGCGCGCCAAUUUGUCCUCGAUUAUCAAUGCGAUUGACGGUACUGUCAUCAUGACUCCAGAUUUGCAGGAUGACGUGACUGCCAUUUUCGAUUUGCGGGUGCCGCAUCGCUGGAUGAGAGACCCAAGUGGCGCGGAAAUAUCGUGGCUGUCGCCCACGCUCGGGAAGUGGUUUUCAGGCAUGCGGCUAAGAGUUGAACAGCUAUGCAACUGGCUUGAAAAAGGCAGACCCAAAUCAUUCUGGCUAGCAGGCUUCUUCAACCCCACGGGUUUCCUUACAGGAAUGAUGCAGGAAGUUACACGACAACACAAAAAAGACCAGUGGGGACUUGACGACGUUGUCCUGCACUCCGAAAUGCGGACCGUCGAUGUUGAAAAAAUCAAAGACAUUCCAGAUGAAGGGGUCAACAUUCAUGGUUUGUAUAUUGAAGGAUCCCGGUGGAAUUGGCACGAGGCCAGGCUGGAAGAGUCUUUGCCUAAGGUCAUGGUUGACAGGAUGCCUGUUGUACAUGCUACGGCAAUUACUUCUACUGAAAAAAGGAACAAGGGCCUAGAUUACGGACAGUUUGAGCCGUAUGACUGCCCAGUGUACAGGUAUCCAAGUAGGACAGAUAAAUAUUUGGUCUUUCGUGUACAGUUGCGCUCGGACUUGCACCCAUCUCACUGGAAACUCCGAGGUACUGCCCUACUUUGCUCUACAGAGUGA